CAAAAUCUGCUCAUUUUCGAUUUUCUUCAGUUUUCACGUACAGGAACAGGCAACGUCCCCCCUCAUUUCUUUCAUCCUUUGUUCUCUCUCCCCUCAUAUGAAACACUAAUAUUUCAUUCUCUCAAAUUCACAAGCACACGCAGUUACUUGGAUCAACUAAAACUAUUGUGCAUCAAGCAUAAUAUCAUUUCAUUAUCCAAUACAAAUGGCUGGACUCGGUAGCUCUCAGUUAGAAACCACAACCAAACCUCAACUUAUAUAUCGGUGUAAGAAAUGCAGAAGAAUUGUUGCUUCAGAGGAAAAUAUAGUUUCCCAUGAGCGUGGGAAAGGAGAAUCAAGCUUCAAUUGGAGAAAGAGAAGCAGCGAACCCUCGGAAAUGGAAAAGCAACCAGCUGACUGCACCUCAAUAUUUGUUGAGCACAUGAAGUGGAUGCAAGCAGUCCAAGAUGGUCAUGUGGAGGAGAAACUGCUCUGUAUGGGUUGUAAUGCUCGUUUGGGUUACUUCAACUGGGCUGGUAUGCAAUGCAGCUGUGGAGCUUGGGUUAAUCCUGCAUUUCAGCUGCAUAAAAGCAGAUUAGAUGAGUGUUAUAUGUAAACCAAUCAUGUGGCGCGCCUUCCAAAAAGACCAGGAACUUGAAAAAAUGCAGGUUAUCUUUUUUAAGAACAAAACACAUCUGGCAGCUUAGCUUGGAAGAUUGUCUUGUAAUUAAUUAUUUUUACUUAAAACAAGGUUAUUGAAAUUGGGUUCAAUAGCCUGUUUUAUUUAUA